AUGUCUGUCUUGCUUACCCACGAUACUCAGUCCUCGAUAUCCUUCAACCAUUCAACGCUUUCUCCAGCGUCUCGCCCACAACCCGUCACACUCAUUCAUCGCGUCAUCAUCAUGCGAUCGACCCUGGAACCCAGCGAGCCGCCCACUCUCGCUAGCCGCUGCCACGGGCGCGUGAACGCGUGGUCACACCCCAUCCCAAGAAUGGGCGUGUGGUGGUACGGAGCUCACCGCUUCAUAUAUGGGUGGUGGAGUUGUGCGAUCAAAGUAGAGCACUUUGCAGAAUGGAACAUGUAUGGAAAGAUGGAUUUGGAGAUGGAGACGUUGGUGAUAUUGGUAGAGGGCACACCGCAUUUCGAAGCUUGGAGAAGCUAUGGACUUUCCUAA